ACACGGAAGACUUAAAUAAUAAGUUUUUGAAGGAGGUUUGAGUCAAUUGACAUCUAAUACACACAAUGCACGUCACAUCAGUGCACAUGAACGAAAGAGGUCAAUCGGUUUGAGGUCAUUCGCGAAUCGAGAUAUCUUGUAGCUCGACGUCGAAAAUGGCGCACAUGAUCAGAUCCAAGUUUUUGCUCUUGUCAUUGAAAUACGCAAAUCGCAUCGCACCACGUAUUUCUGUACCCUUAAAAUAUCACCGAUUAUGUUUUCACACCAGUGGGAUCCUCGAUGUGAAGGGGAAAGAAAUGUUGAUGCCUUCUUUGUCACCUACUAUGGAAACUGGCACUAUAGUGAAAUGGUUUAAAAAGGAAGGUGAUAAGAUUGAACCUGGUGAUGCUAUCGCAGAUAUUCAAACUGACAAGGCUGUAGUUACAAUGGAAUUUGAGGAUGAGAGUAUAUUAGCAAAAAUAAUUAUACCUGAAGGAACCAAAGAUGUUAAGGUAGGAACUCUGAUAGCUCUCACUGUUGAAGUUGACGAGGAUUGGAAGACAGUAGAGAUGCCAGAUGGUGCAACAGCUCCUAAAGCAGCAUCUGCUGUUCAACCAACAAGUACACCGGUCGCAAGUCAAGCAGCAGAACCACUACCUGGCCAGCAAAAUAUUCCUAUGCCUGCUCUCUCACCAACAAUGACAACAGGCACAAUUAUAAAGUGGCUGAAGCAAGAAGGUGAUGAGAUACAACCGGGUGACGCAUUGGCAGAAAUACAGACGGACAAAGCUGUAAUGGCUUUUGAAUUAGAGGAAGAAGGCGUGCUUGCAAAAAUUCUUGUUUCAGAAGGAUCUCAAGUAGAAGUAGGGCAGUUAAUAGCUAUCACGGUUGAGAAAGGAAUGGAUUGGAAGCAAGCUGUUGUGCCAACAGUGACUAGGCCAUCGGCAACAGCAGCAGCACCUGCACCAGUGCCAAGUUCCGCACAAGAACCAGUUGCAUCAGCUAGUGCAAAACCACCACCAAGUGGACAAGUGUAUGGCUUGGCAGUAAAGAGAUUAUUGGAGGAAUACGGUCUCAGUUCUGGUUCAAUCAAAGGCACUGGGCGUACAAAUCGUCUGUUAAAGGAUGACGUGCUUGCAUACAUCCAAGCGCACAAUAUUAAGAAAGUCGCACCGAAGACUGAAGCUCCAAAGACUGCUAAGGCGCGGCCUGCUAGUCCAUUGGAGACGCACGUCCCCGCCGGCAAGCCAUCACCGUACGAAGACCUUGAGAUCUCCAACAUUCGUGGUAUUAUCGCCAAACGGCUUGGAGAAUCCAAGAGUACCAUACCGCAUUCUUAUGCGGCUAUAGACAUUAAUAUCGAUAAAUUGAUGGAGCUUCGCGGAAAACUGAAGACUGAGGAUAUUAAUGUUUCGAUUAACGAUUUUGUCACCAAAGCUGUCGCUUAUGCGCUUGUUGAGUGUCCUGACAUAAACACGUUGUAUCAAAACGAACAAGUAGUUCGAGUUCCAAAAGUCGAUGUGUCUGUAGCAGUAGCAACGCCGGCAGGCCUUAUCACUCCGAUAAUAUUUGAUACUGUUGCUAAGAGCUUAACGGAUAUCUCUAAAAGCAUCCGAGAAUUAGCCGAGAAGGCGAGGAAAAAUCAGCUGAAGCCUCACGAAUUCCAAGGAGGCACAUUCACAAUCUCAAAUCUAGGAAUGUUCGGAAUUAAAGAGUUCUGUGCUAUUAUAAAUCCGCCCCAAACUGCUAUUCUUGCUGUAGGCUCUGGACGUGAAGAAUUAGACUCUUCGUUGACUAAAGUGACAAGAAUGACGGUGAAGUUAUCGUACGACAGGCGAGCGAUCGACGAGGAUCAAGCUGCUGACUUUUUGGCUGUCCUAAGAUCUAUGCUACAAGAUCCCAGUUUCCUAGCUGCCGGAAAAAUACCGGCACUCAGGUACAAGCGUGAUAUUUAUUAAUAUGUUUUUAACGAAACAGCGGGUAUCCUGCGUUUAUUGCAAAAACAGCUUGAUUUCUCGUUUGAUCGGUAGUUUGAUUGUUUGAGAGGUAGAUAUCAUCCUUCUUUUUUCUUUUUAUGUAACAUUGUUGUUUUCCGUCCUGGAAGGUAGAAUUUGCAGAAAAGCUCGAUGUCGACAGGCUUGUAUAAUUAUACAGUAUUAACAACAAUGUCGUCACGAAGCUAUGCUGAGUCUACCUAAAUGAUUAGCUGUUUUUGUAAUAAAUGGGGAGAUCGAUUUUAGUUCACGUGAUUCUUUUACGUACCACAUACGUUGUCAGAACUAAAAAAAAAAAGAAAACAUGAUUUAUACGACACUUAUUGAAACUAAUGCUGUACGUUGUUGCUGUUGUCAAAGUUUAACUAGUGAGAAAGUAAUUUUUAUAUAUCUAUACUGUCGCCAAAGAUACUUACCGCGAACGAUAUUACAUUUUUAACACCGAUUACUGGGAGAAUACAAUUCAAACUGCCAAAAAGUAUAUAAAUACAGAGAUGGCGCAUUUCUAAAGAGAUACACGUAUACUAAACGUAUACUAAAUCUGUGAUUCUCAACGUUAAAUCUGUGAUUCUUAUUCAACGAUUUAACUGUACAAUUAAUCGAAAUCGUUAAGAUUAAAAGGCUCGAGAAAACGGAGAAUAAGAAUGUUUAUUACUGUAUAUUUAGAAUUUUGUAAAUAAUUAGAGCGUUUUAAUAAAUAUGCAUUAGUUUUCUUUUAUAAAUAUGUGGCAACUUUGUAAGUUACAAAGGUAACGUGUACUUUCUCUAAAUUUACAAAAAUCUUCAUCGUAUCGUCGCGACGGCUGUUUCAAACGACUAGUCUUCGUUACGUACAUUAAAAAUUUGUUUAAAAUUAAUCAGAUAACACACACACGGUAGUCUCCUGAUCGAUAAGUUAUUAAUUUGAGAUGUAAUACAUAAUAUAUAAUUCAAUUGUA